AUGUCUCAAACCUCGAGCAGUCGCCCGCCAAGCGAGAAGCCGGACAUCGACAAAAUGGCCGCAAGUCAAGAUGAGAAACAAAUUGAAGAUGGCGAGAAGGGCGUAGGUAGCCCUGACGAGGGACCCCAAGAGCAUCCUAAAGGCUUCGCUUUGGCUAUGGUGAUUGUGGCUCUCGUUUUGAGUGUUUUCCUUGUUGCUCUUGACAUGACCAUCAUUGCAACGGCCAUUCCUCGCAUCACCGACCAGUUCCAUAGUUUUGAUCAGAUUGGCUGGUACGGCUCGGCCUUUUUCGUUACUCUGGCAGCUUUCCAAUCCGUCUGGGGAAAGGCUUACAGGUACUUCCCUCUCAAAACGGGGUUCGUGGUCGCCAUCUCGAUCUUUGAGCUCGGAAGUCUACUUUGCGGCGUCGCACCCAACAGCAACACACUCAUUGCUGGAAGAGCUAUAGCAGGCAUUGGUGCUGCUGGCCUUGCUUCAGGGUGCUAUACGAUCAUUGCUCUCGCUGCGCCCCCUCGUCUGCGGCCCGCCUUUACAGGAAUCCUCGGAGCUACAUAUGGAUGUGCCAGCGUUGUCGGUCCUCUUAUCGGUGGAGCUUUCACUGAUCACGUUAGUUGGCGCUGGUGCUUCUACAUAAAUCUGCCUAUUGGCAUAUGCUCUGCGAUUGUAAUUUUCAUAUUCUUCAAAACCCCGGCGGCAGCGAAGCCCGUUGACGCCACUUGGAAGGAGAAAAUCUUGCAAAUGGACUUUCCCGGAACUGCAAUCAUCCUUGCCGGUAUGAUCUGCUAUCUUCUUGCCAUGGAGUGGGCUGGCGUCACCAAGCCGUGGAACUCCGGAAGUGUGAUCGCACUCCUGGUCGUCUUCGGGGUUUGCAUCAUUCUUUUUGUCUUGAACGAGUGGUGGCAGGGCGCGAGAGCCCAACUGGAGUUUAGUAAAUUGACACAGAGAACAUUGGCUGGUGUUUGUGUCUAUACCAUCUUCCUCUCGGGUACCUUUUUCGUUCUUCUAUAUUACCUGCCUAUUUACUUCCAGGCUAUCCAUGGUGUAUCUGCAGAGGAAUCUGGCAUUCAAAAUCUUCCAAUGAUAGUAGCAGUCUCACUCUCAACUGUCAUUUCGGGUGGCCUCAUAUCGACCUUCGGCCACUACGGACCCAUCCUGGUUAUCGGGAGCGCUAUGGCCACGGUUGGCACUGGCUUGCUCUACACGCUUCAGAUCGAUUCACCCUCUUCUCAGUGGAUCGGCUACCAAGUCCUAGCAGGGUUCGGAAUGGGAUUGACUUUCCAAAUUCCAAUAAUUGUUGCUCAGUCCACCUGUGAGAUCAAUGAGGUCUCUCAUGUCACGGCCAUCACCCUUUGUGGCGCAAUCUUCAUCUCCGCGGCACAAUCUAUUUUCGGGAACAAGCUUGUGCAGCGCCUCGUCGUGAACGUGCCAAAUAUCGAUCCAUCGAUUAUAGUAGGUGGCGGCGCAACGGGGUUCCGCAGCUCACUGCCUGCUUCGGCCACACCGGGAAUUGUGCUCUCGUACAUGCAGAGCCUGCACAUCGUAUUCGCACUUUCCAUCGCCCUCGCCGUCGCCUUGGGCUGUACCAAGCCCAGUUCCGACACCUUGAGCAAUCUUUACUUCCUGUUGUUUGAUCUCCAAGACACCAGCAGUAUGGGAUCCAAAACGACAGCCGAAAUUCAAAACACCCCCAACCAGUACAACAUCACAAGCGUGAGCUCCUAUGAUGUCUCCGAUGUCCUCAGUAAAAUCGAGGCAGAUAGGACCCUAGCGGACUUUUACCAGAUUGGUCUUUGGGGCUACUGCGACGGUGAUGUCAAGAAUAACAAGACCACCGUAAAAGAAUGCUCUAAGCCUGAGAACGAGUUCAACUUCAACCCUCUCUCGGUUUGGGGUCUGAACUCUACUACCAUGGACAAGUUAUCAAAGGAGUUUAACCACGACUUAAACGUCUAUAAGACAGUCUCUAAGUGGAUGUUCAUCGCCUAUAUCGCGGCAUUCAUUAUGAUCAUCGCCGAGAUUCUCGUCGGGUUCUUCGCUAUCUAUAGCCGCUUAGGUGGCUAUAUCGCUACUGUGGUCGCUCUCCUAGCCUUCCUUUUCACUACCGCCGCGACAGUCACGUCUACUGCCCUAAUCUCCCUUUUCGACUCCUUCCGCACAACUCUCAAGGCCUACGGAAUCUCUCUAUCCGUAGGUAAGCAAAUAUAUACUGCCACGUGGCUAGCCGUCGUCUUCUCCCUUGGCGCAUUGAUCUUCUGGUCCUUCAUCGUGUGCUGCUGCUCCGGUCGCUCGCUAUACCCCCACCGCAAUAAAAACACCCGCGACAUCAACGCCGAAAAUUACGAGCCCCUCGAUGCCGGCCAGCUUCCCUUUGGCCACCGGCAGCGCAGCUCGUACUCAACCCCUGUGGCGCACGGCGGCGACUACCCUAUGACCCGCGCUAAGCAGUGA